CCCCCGCCGGCUCGGCCCCUUGGCUGCGGGGCCGGCGGCGGCCAUGGGCAGCGGCAGCAGCCGGCGGCGGGGCGCGGCGGGCAGAGGGGCGGCGGCGGGGAACCGGGAGCUGCCGGGGACGGCGCCGGCCGAGUGCGAGGAGGCGGCGGGGCCGCCCGCCCCAGGUCGCCGAGCCCCGGCCGCCGGCGGCAUCCCCCCGCCCCGGGACGGCGGGGGCUGCGGGGAGGCGGCGGCGGGAGGCGGCGGGUCCCCGUCCGAGCAGGCGGCUUUAUCAACCAGAAGCCCACCAGCCCCAGAGAACAACAAUGCCGACCAUCAGUGCCCACAAAGUAACAGCAAGAAGCCAUCGGGACAGUCCACAAUCUCAUAUGAUUACUCGGAGGAGGAGCUCAUGGCAAGCAUCGAGCGGGAGUACUGCCGCUGAACCCAACCCAGCGCCACAAGAACUUCAAGCACGUUCCUGGAAGCCCAGCUGGAGCAAAACUGCUGCUGACAAAAUAACCCCUCGCACAGCAGGACGGCGUGGGAGAGGGGGGUGGCGAGGGGAGGUGGGGCGUGAGAGGCAGCGUGGCUGCUUGGGAAGCAUGGAGGAGAAAGCCCUCCUGACCAACUCUGAGUGAGAGUGUGGAGAUCCUCACCAACUGCUGGUUUCUGAUCGGCGCCGCUGGAAGAGGGACCAAUUCACCUUGCGAAUCAAUAUUUGAAGCUCAUUUCUAAAUGGUAUUUACAAAUGAAGACGUACUAGAACUGAAGUGUCACACUAGAAGCGUUGAGACAUGGUGCUUUGAAGGCAGAUCUUGGUUUGUCUUCGCAGAAGAAAAAUGCAGCAAUAUCAUUUGAUUCAGAUCUCACAUAAGGGGGUGUUGCAUGAAAUUCAUGUUCCCGCCACUUAAAAUUUACUCCUUGCGCUGUGCAAGCCUCAGGUCCGGGUCUGAGUUUGGCACUGUCUCUUUGAAUGUGGUCCCCGGUACGGGAUGUAAGAUGAAAAGGGGAGUGAGCCCACCACCCAGUACAUCGGCAGUGUAAUCCCAGAGUUCAGAUCCCACCACAGAGGUGAAUGAGGUUCCUGGGAGCCAUCGGGGAGCACAGGAUUUGUACAAUGGCUUCGGGGCGGGAUUCCAGCAUCGGUGUCCUACCUGGGGCUCCUUGGCGUGGAUCCUCCAGCGAAAGCAGGAGGCCCGUCCCCAGCGCUGCCUUGCUGUGGCCAGCGAUCAUCCAUUGCGAGAGGGACUUGCAUGCUAUUGUAGAGCAGCUGUUUGCAAUCAGUUUUCAGAAUUACCACUCCUGGCCUUCCCGUGUAUUUGUUGUCCUCGGUUAGGUAACUUAGAAGAAAAAUCACUAUGUUUUACCAUUAGCUGACCACAUCGUAAACCAGAAAGUCGUCUCUCCAAAGGAAACCACAUAUUUUCAGUGGUCCUAGACAGGGAAUCCUGGUAUUUCAGGGUUUCUGCUUUUAUUUUACCUACACCUUAACAUAUUAUGAGUAGCUACUUAUUAUCAGAAGUAGAAAAUACCUUAUUUUUGUCUUCAGCUGAAGCAUAAAAGGCAUCAGAUGAAAUCUUCACAUAGCCUGUGUAAAUGCAAGAGGAAACAGCAGGACACAUCUUAAGAUGCUGUAUUUUAACCUCUCUGUAAUUCCUGGUAUCUGUGAAACCAAAAUAAAUGCGUCUGUAUUCUAUGUAGCCCUCAGUAAAGGCAUCAAAUGUUGUUUUGAAAAAGUCUUUAG